GUCUGGUGAGAAAACAUCAGUUUUAGUUUGCGGCAGUCAGUUAAACGGUCAACAUCAUACUCAGUCGUGGAGUGUAUUCCUUCAUAAAUGUUUGGUGAUAAAUUCAAGUUAAAAUUUAUGUGAGAAAGCAGCAUCAGAAGGUGCCUAGAACACACGUAGCAUCGUAAUAAAAGACAGUGUGAAGAACUUUUUAUCCCAUAUGUUGAUGGUUUAAUAUACAGAAAAUGGAAUAGCAAUAUUACCUGCAGAUAUUUUGCAAAAAAACCCUAUAUAGUUACUAAAACCAGAGCAAUUUAAGGACAAUCUCCUACUUAUAUUGCAACGUUGAGAGUGAGAAAUAAAAAAACUACAUCAUAUAAUGGAAAUCAAAAACAUCUUUAUAUUUUGCGUAAUUGCCUUUUUUGGUCUGGCUCUUCUUCCUACAUCGACUGAAGCUUGCUCUUGUGCACCCGAGCAUCCACAAACCCAAAUAUGUAAUGCAGAAUUCGCUAUUAUUGCACGUGUUUUGGGACGGUACAUUCGCUAUGCGAAUAAGCAAGUUGUGUACAAACUGCAAGUUUGGAAGACAUACAAGGCGAAGGACAGGGAACCACAAGAUCUGAAAGUUCGGCGAAUUGUGACUUCUUCAAUGUCGGAUUCAUCCUGUGGAGUCAACCUGAAACCCGGAAAAACCUAUGCUAUUGCAGCACGAAGAUCUCACAUUAAUAUUUGUGAUUUUGUGAAGGAAUAUAAGAAGUUAACAGUUGUGGAACGACGAGGAAUUGCCAUGGCUUACAAGAAAGGAUGCAGUUGCGAAAUACAACCGUGCUUUACCAAUAAUUGUCCACCAAUGGAAGGAACUUGCAACUGGUCGUUUAUGUCGCCGUGCGAGACAAAUUACGGAGUUUGUAUUCCUUCAAGGGGAACUUUCACACCAGACGGAAAACCGACUAAAUGCCAUUGGAAGAGGAGUUCACCGUAUAUGAGUUGUAUUAUGGCCCCAUAGUAAUAAGUUCCCUUAUAUGUAAUCUACCACCAAAUUAGCCCAGAAUCGGCGUGAACAGUAUGUUUAUAAUAAUUUAUUUAUAAUUCAUGUUUAUAAAGAUGACUAUCUCAAGUUAAAUGAACCUACAGGAUGUCACAUUAAUUAUUUACAAAAUAAAAAGAAAUCAUCUGUCUCGUGUGAGACUUUAUAGAAUAAUUUUAAGCAAGACCACCUGUAUCAGCGUUGACCGCAUAAAUAUAAAAUUUACUACAGGGCGAGGACUGUGAAGUGUAUUAAAUCUAUUUAAAUUGAAAUUUUUUUCAGUCUGAAAGUCUCAAAAGAUAUCCUGUUGAGGUUUUUGUACAAGUAUCUUAAUUUAUCAUUAAGAAUGGAUGAAUAUUUAACAGAAUGAUAACAAAAAUAAAUAUUAAUUAUUUAUUUUUUUAAUAAAACUAACAGAUAUUGUAAACAAUAAUAGUACAAAAGAAACUGUUGGCAAGUUAAUAAAA